AUGUCUGAGGGGGCGCUUCUCGAAUCAGAAGAGCACUAUGAAGAGCCCUUGCCUCCACAUGAUGAAGAAGAUAGCCAGGUGGGAAGCAGCGAAAUAGACGUGGCUAUUAAUGGCGAUAGUGAACAAAACGUCAUACCUGAUACGACAACUACGUUUUCUCAGGAAUGGGUUAAGGAUGUGGAAGAUGAAUUAUUGGGUGAUGAUGAUGACAGUGAUGACGAAGAAGUAGUUGUCACUAUUGGACAAAUCAAGCAAAAUGUUCCAUUUUCUGCUGCGAAAGCAGCCGGAAGUAGCGUUGGUAAACUUGAUAUAGAUGGAACUCCGACAAUCAAUGGGGAACCAAUAUACGACUUAGAUCUGGCACAGAUGGAGGAGAGACCUUGGCGAAAACCUGGUGCCGACAUUACAGAUUAUUUCAAUUAUGGAUUCUGUGAAGAAACAUGGAAUAUGUAUUGCGAGAGACAGAGAAAACUGAGAUCUGAAUAUAAUACGCAAGCUUCUGUUAACAAAGCUCUUUUCUCGAGUAUUACUCUUGUCGCUCCCGUUUCACAGAGUGCUACUUUGACAGGUGGUCGGCAGCUACAAACGAUUCCGAUUCUGGGACAGGAGAAAUCAUCAAUGGAUCUCAGCGGUUUCAAAUUAGAGGCGAAUCAACAGCCCAUAAUACGCACUGUGUUGACUGGUGCAGCGCCGAGAACAGUUGGUUCUGGUGGGACUUCUGGCACGUCCUUGUCUGUUUCUACAGUUAGUGUCCUGGAUGGCACUAGUGAUGGAGUAGUGGCACCUUUGGUUCCAGACAAUUCUGUUCCAUCCUUAGCAACUGCUACUACAUCAGGGACUCCAGAUUUUACGAAAGCCCCACCAGAUUUCUCAAAACCGCCACCGGUUAUUGAUAUUACAAAUGCCGCUAAUAAAAGUAACGUACCGAUACCGACUGUCUCAGCCCUUCCCAGUUUACCGGUCGCUAGUGAUGGUCCACCAGGAGUGGAUGAACCAGCUCCACCUGGUUCCUCUACGCCGCCACCGAGUUUUAACGAUAUGAACGCGCGACAUAUUCCCACGGUUGACACCUCUAUACCACCGCCCGGGUUUAAUCCGAUGCUGCCACCGCCGGGAAUUGGUGCACCACCGUCAGUCAGACUUGGGUUACCAAAUACGAAUGUACCACCGCCUGGUUUCAGCGUACCUCCACCUAACUUUUCACAACCACCACUCAACUUCCCACCGCCACGAUUCGGUGCUCCAGCAACUCCACUUCCAAGGCCUCCCCCGCUGAUGUCUAGACCAACUUUCCCACCCCCUGGUUUGGAUCGUCGGGAACUCAAAGAUGAUGAUAAAGACCGAUCUGAUCGUGAUCGAUGUCGUGAACGUGAAAGGGAUCGUGACUCAGCUGAUAGUGGAGAAGAUGAUUAUAGCAGCAGUCGACGAAGGUAUCGGAGGCGAUCCAGGUCAUACUCCCCACGGUCUUCGAGACGACAUCGCGAUGAUCGAGAUAGAGAUCGAGACUCAGAGAGAUAUAGAGAAAAGGACCGUGAUAGAGAAUCACGGUCGAGACGACACCGCUCACGAAGUGGUUCUCCUUAUGAAAGUUCACGCAGUUCACGAAGAAAAGAAGACCGCGAUAAUAAGGAGAAGGAGAAGCGAAGAAAUAAGAAAGAUGAGUCGGGAACUCGGACAAAAGAAGAGCUUGCAGAGGAAAAGGAUGAUGAUAAAAGGGAAGGAAGCGAAAGAAAAAAGGACGAUUCGGAAAGAAAUGAUCGAGACAAAGAUAAAGGCAAGGAUAGAGAUAGGAAGAGAAGACGUCACAGAAGUGAUGAUGAUAGCCCAGACAAACGAGAAAAAGAAAAGAAGACGAAAGUCAAGGAGGACCCAUCGGCGUAA